GCGGUGCCUUAAAUAGCUUCCCGUGCCCGAGCGGGGCAGGCAGUGGGCUGCUGUGACAGCCGGUGGUGGAGCGGCCCGGCCAGCCGAGGAGAUGCUGCAACGGACAACACAUUUUAAGAUUCAGCUUGAUUCAAAGAGUGAUGUGAUCACUUGCUACACCGCUGUUACUUUCUACAGAGUUAAAAAGUGAAAGGCUUUGCCUGCUCUGGGAGUUGGUGGUGUAAGACUGGAGAACGAUGGAGACAUGUGAAGAAUGCAUCAGGAGUGCAGAAGGAAUAAAGCACACUCUGGGUGGGAGCAGUAACUGAGGCUGAGUGGAGACGGUGGAGCACCUGCUCACUUGAAGUCGGAGAUUGACCUCAUCCUGCCACAUAAUUUUGCUUUCUGGUACCUGUCUUGGGUACUUUUACCAGAAACAGUCCAUCUCAGCAUGUUCUAGAUCAUGUUGGAAAGUUUCAAUAGACAAAAGAAUUGUGUGGUGAAUUUGCUGAGUUUGAAGAUAACAGUGGCAUUGUCCAGUGAAUUCCAUUUAGGGAGCUACCAACACAGGACAAUGCAAGCCCACGAGUUGUUCCACUAUUUUCGAAUGCCAGAGCUGGUUGACUUCCGCCAGUACGUCCGCACGCUUCCAACCAACACGCUCAUGGGCUUCGGAGCUUUCGCAGCACUCACCACUUUCUGGUACGCCACGAGACCCAAAGCCCUGAAGCCGCCAUGCGACCUCUCCAUGCAGUCGGUGGAAGUGCAGGGUAGUAAUGAUGGUGCUCGAAGAUCCGCGCUACUUGAUAGUGAUGAGCCCUUGGUGUACAUCUAUGACGAUGUCACAACCUUGUAUGAAGGCUUCCGGAGGGGUGUACAGAUAUCAAGUAAUGGUCCUUGUUUAGGCUCUCGGAAGCCAGACCAACCUUAUGAAUGGAUUUCAUACAAAGAGGUUGCAGAAUUGACAGAAUGUGUGGGCUCGGCACUUAUCCAGAAGGGCUUCAAGACCUCCUCAGAUCAGUUCAUUGGCAUCUUUUCUCAAAAUAGACCUGAGUGGGUGAUUAUUGAACAGGGAUGCUUUGCUUAUUCAAUGGUGAUCGUCCCACUCUAUGAUACCCUGGGAGCAGACGCAAUCACAUACAUAGUCAACAAAGCUGAACUCUCUCUGAUUUUUGUUGACAAGCCAGACAAAGCACAACACUUAUUAGAGGGUGUAGAAAAUAAGUUAACACCCAGCCUUAAAACCUUAGUUAUCAUGGAACCCUAUGGCAUUGAUCUUGUGGAGCAAGGCCGGAAGUGUGGGGUGGAAAUCAUGAGCUUCAGGGCGAUGGAGAACCUGGGAAGAGCCAACAGACAGAAGCCCAAGCCUCCAGUACCUGAAGAUCUUGCAGUAAUUUGUUUCACAAGUGGAACUACAGGCAAUCCCAAAGGAGCACUGAUCACUCAUCGAAACAUAGUUUGCGAUUGUUCAGCUUUUGUGAAAGCGACCGAGAAUGUGGUCAAUCCUUCCCCAGAUGAUAUCUUGAUAUCUUUCUUGCCUCUCGCCCAUAUGUUUGAGAGGAUUGUGGAGAGUAUAAUGCUGUGUCAUGGAGCUAAAAUAGGAUUUUUCCAAGGAGAUAUCAGGCUGCUUAUGGAUGACCUUAAGGUGCUACAACCCACUGUCUUUCCCGUGGUUCCGAGACUUCUGAACCGGAUGUUCGAUAGAAUUUUUGGACAAGCAAACACUGCACUGAAGCGAUGGCUCUUGGACUUUGCCUCCAAGAGGAAAGAAGCAGAGCUCCGCAGUGGCAUCAUUAGAAACAACAGCCUGUGGGAUAAACUCAUCUUCCACAAAAUACAGUCGAGUCUGGGAGGAAAAGUGAGGCUGAUGAUCACCGGAGCGGCGCCGGUGUCGGCCACGGUGCUGACGUUUCUCAGAGCGGCGCUCGGCUGCCAGUUUUAUGAAGGCUAUGGGCAGACAGAGUGCACUGCUGGGUGCUGCCUCACUGUGCCUGGAGACUGGACAGCAGGCCAUGUUGGUGCCCCCAUGCCUUGCAAUUUCAUAAAACUUGUUGACGUAGAAGAGAUGAAUUACCUGGCUGCCAGGGGAGAGGGGGAGGUGUGUGUGAAAGGGCCAAAUGUAUUUCAGGGCUACUUGAAGGACCCAGUAAAAACAGCAGAAGUUUUGGAUAAAGAUGGCUGGUUGCACACAGGGGACAUUGGAAAAUGGUUACCAAAUGGCACCUUGAAGAUUAUCGACAGGAAAAAGCACAUAUUUAAACUGGCACAAGGAGAAUACAUAGCACCUGAAAAAAUUGAAAAUAUCUACCUGCGAAGUGAACCUGUUGCUCAGGUGUUUGUCCAUGGAGAAAGCUUGCAGGCAUUUCUCAUAGCAAUUGUGGUACCAGACGUUGAGGCAUUAGGUCACUGGGCCCAAAAGAGAGGAUUUGAAGGAUCCUUUGCUGAACUGUGCCGAAAUAAGGAUGUCAAAAAAGCCAUCCUAGAAGACAUGGUGCGAAUUGGGAAAGAUGCUGGUCUGAAACCAUUUGAACAGAUCAAAGGCAUUGCUCUACACCCUGAAUUAUUUUCUAUUGAAAAUGGCCUUCUAACUCCAACAAUGAAGUCCAAAAGGGCAGAGCUACGGAAUUAUUUCAGGUCGUGUAUAGAUGAACUGUAUUCCACCAUCAAGGUUUAACAUGAGGAAGAAUGCUUGGACGAAACUACACACUUCCACAAUCUCUUCUUCUACUGAUAGCCUUCAUGUUGGUAAUUUUGACUACAGCGAGCAUAGGAAAGGAAACUUCGUUCAUGUUUGACCUGUCUGUUCGGGGUUCUUGUCAUAGGAAUAUUAGAGGAAAUGGGACACUGCCUUACAGUCACCUCGUGUUGCAGACCAUGUUCAUGGUGAUAUAACAAUUUCCAAAACGAGCCUUAAACAUUGUAGCGGGGAAACUAUAAAUGUGCUAAGUUAUUUGAGACUUCCUCAAUUUAAAGGCUGGGUGUUAAAACCUCUGUCUGCCUGUUUUUCUAACCAAGGGGUUAGGACUUCACUAUUUCUGAGAUGUCUGCUACUUGUUGCAAAUUCUGCAGUUGUUGGCUGUUCUAGAGAGUACAGUGCACUGGAGAGAAACUGUCCUUUAAAAACAGGAACAUCUGCCCUGGCUGGAGACCUUCACAAGUGGACCAGAGUUUUUUUUUGUUUUUUUUGUUUUUUGUACUCCCUGCUACCUUCCCUUCCCCAUCUCACAUGCACUUGCACAUCUCUUCUGAUUAAGAGUUAUGAAACUCGUGCUGUUCUCCACAUUCUCCCAUAGUUCCUGUUGGAGUGUGAGGUUCACAGAAAACCAAAGGAAAGGCCCAGCUCCUAACACUGCAGAUACUGCGUCUCAGAUGAAUGGAUUCUCACUCAUUCAGAGCAGAAUGCUCUCAGACCCUGUUCUUCAGCUGAUCCAUCCGUCUGUCCCUUCCCUGGAGUUUAUUGAAAAAUCUGCCUUAAACUCUACAGUGAAGACAAGCAUUUCAAGAAGGAAAUAAUUAGCUGGAUCAGCCACACUGAACUGUGACCCCUAAAUAACUGUCCACUUUUAUCUUCACUAUACCAGUCAAUCUUCACUUGUAAUGGCCAAUGGAUUUGUAAUGUGGUUUUCAUAUUGAAAGAUCAUGUUGUGAUUAACUUGCUUCUCCCCCUACCACACCCCAGAAUCAACUCUCAGGCAAAGCAUAUCUUUAAAAAUAUUAAGGGAGUGGAUACACUUGGGAACUUUCUGAAAUGGACAGUAAUAAACAAAUGUUCUUAUAUCAUUAUGCUACCUGAUUUCUACAAAAUGUAUUUGACAAGCCAAAAUUCUAGGAUAUAGAAAUCUGGAAAAAAAAUCAUUUCCUGGGAUUAACUUCUCAAGAGAUUUUUUUAAAAAUUACUUUGAGAAAUUAGCAGCAUUUCACUUUACCGUGGGUCUUUGCCAUGUUUGACCGAAUUAAGUUGUCAUUCAUACAUUAAAAGCAAUUGUUUUUUGUUUCUGGAUAUGUGUGCCUACAUGUAUUAUGCAAGCACAACAGGGUUUGCACUAAAGAAUUGUCAUUGUAAUAACACUAUUUGAUAGCCUAACUUCAUAUGUGAAUUCUUAAUUGCACAAAAAGUCAAUAAUUUGUCACACGGGGUUUUGAAUGUUUGCUUUAAGUGUUGGCUAUUUCUAUGUUUUAUAAACCAAAACAGAAUUUCCAAAAACAAUGAAGGAAACCAAAAUAAAUAUUUCUGCAUUUCAA